UUCUUAAAUGAUCAGUUCGUAUUUGAAAGCAAUCAAUAUGUGUUACAAAAUAUUAGCGGUGCUCAUCGGUAUAUUCGCAGUAGGGUCCGCUCUACCCCAACUCUCGAAAGAAGUUCCAAUUGUGUCCCAAAGCAACGAGAUCAAUCCCGAUGGUUCUUUUCAAUGGAGUUAUGAAUCCGGUGACGGUUCCGCUCAGCAACAAUCAGGUCAGCUAAAAGGCAGCGGAAAAGAGGCCGGCGAAGCGAUGCAAGGCCAAGUUUCAUGGAAAGAUCCCACGGGAGGAGCUCAUCAGCUGACUUACGUCGCUGAUGAAAACGGGUACCAACCUGCCGGAGCUGACUUACCGAUAGCACCGGAACCGCCGGCGAUUCCAGCUGCCAUUGCUAGAGCGUUGGAAUGGAUCGCUGCUCAUCCAUCCGCUGAGAGCAAGGUGCUAAGGAAGUAACUGAUUGCUAUGACUGUACAGUUUUUAUGAUUUAAUAAAAGUAUAAUAUUGAUUGACUUACA